AUGGGGCGAUUGCAUACACUGGAACUGGAAAAUUUUAAAUCUUACAAAGGCAAUCAAAUAGUUGGACCAUUCAAGCAAUUUACUGCAAUUAUUGGUCCAAAUGGAUCAGGUAAAUCGAACUUAAUGGAUGCAAUGUGUUUUGUACUUGGCGAAAAAGCAAGUAAUCUACGAGUGAAGAAGUUACAUGACCUAAUACACGGUGCACCGGUGGGUAAAGCAGUAGCAAAUCGUUGCCAUGUGACAAUGAAUUACGAAGAUGACGAUGGAAAUAUGCGUGCUUUUACACGUUUGGUAACCGGAUCUGGUUCAGAAUAUCGUGUUGAUAGCAAGACUGUUACACCGCAACAGUACGGUCAUGCAUUGGAAGAAAUAAAUGUAUUCAUGAAAGCAAAAAAUUUCCUUGUGUACCAAGGACAGGUUGAGCAGGUUGCAAUGAAAAAUCCACGAGAAUUAACGCAAAUGUUCGAGGAAAUUUCACGAUCAUGUGAAUUUCAAGCAGAUUAUGACCGUCUGAAGGCGGAAUUGGCGAAGGCGGAAGAAGAAGCAGCAUUUAAUUUAAAUAAGCGACGCGGAAUCGCACUGGAAAAGCGUGAAGCUAAGUUGGAAAAGGAUGAAGCAGAAAAAUAUCAGAUGUUAAAAGAAGAACUGGAAUCGAAACAACGUCAAGUGUAUCUUCUGCAACUGUUUUAUGCGGAAAAAAUGGCAAAUGAAACGACAAGCGAUUGGAAGCGUAAAAAAGAAAUAGUAGCCGAGUUGACCAGUAAAAAAGCAGAAUGUGACGCAGCCGUGACAACGAAGCAACAUGAGCACAAGAAAGUUUUGAAGGAAGUUCACAAACUGGAAAACAAAACAUCUGGAAAAGAGAAAGAAGUAAUGACACAAAAGCCACGAUACGUUGCUGCUAAGCAGGGAGUUGUACAUGUGAAAGCAAAGCUUGAAAUGGCUAAUAAAGCACAUUCUAACGCUCAGCGAGCAGCUGAAGCCCAUGAGACCAAUAACAAAAAACAAGAAUGCGAAGCGAAACUUGCUACUGAAUCACAACAAUUGGAAAUGCAAUUAAGUGAUGCCCAGAUUAACGAAUACUAUGAGCUGAAGGGUGAAGCAACGAAACGGUGCGGUGUUAUAGACAUGGAACUUAACAAAUUGUUGCAAGAACAAGAAACUGAAAAGAACAAUUUGCAGUUUGAACAGAGACGUCUGGCUCAUGCAAAUGAUCGUGUUAAAAACAAGGAACAAGAAAUUGAACGUAUGUCACGUCAGGGAGAACAGCUUGCAGAAAACAUCGUGUCACAGAAUAAUCUGAUUGAUGAUGAAAAGAAAAAUUUGCAAAACCUUGAGAUUCAGGUGCGUGAAUCAAAAGAACGUUUGGAGAAGGUAACAACGGAAUUAAAUAGUGUUUCAAGACAACUGUCGGAAGCACAUGGUGACACAGCAGAAUCAGAGCGGAAUAGGAAACGGAAUGAAACCAUCGAAAAUUUAAAGCGUAUCUUUCCGGAUCGUGUCUAUGGUCGAUUAGUUGACCUCUGCCAACCGUCUCAUCGACGGUUUCAGAUUGCUAUUACCAAGGUAUUAGCUAAAAAUAUGAUGUCCAUUGUCUGUGACACAGAUGAAACAGCUCGAGAAAGUAUCGUUUAUUUGAAAGAACAACGUCUCGCACCCGAAACUUUCCUUCCUUUAUCAGUUCUUGAUGUUCAUCCAAUCAAAGAAAAAUUGCGAGAACUGACUGAUCCACGAGGCGUAAAGUUGGUUUUUGAUGUUAUACAGUGUAAUAAUCCAGUCGCACGGAAAGCUCUUCAAUUUGCGUGUGGCAACGCGCUUGUCUGCGAAACACCUGAAGAUGCAAAAUAUUUAGCUUAUGGAAGUGCUUCGGAUCGAUACAAAGCAGUAGCAUUAGACGGAACACUAUUCGAAAGGAGCGGCAUCAUAUCAGGUGGUGGUCAAGAAUUGCGACAACGGGCCAAGAAAUGGGACGAAAAUGCUAUCAGAAAACUGAAAGAGAAUCGGGUGAAAUUGCAAGAUGAGCUUCAGCAAUUACAUCGAACACGUAAGAAGGAACUUGAUGUGGAAAUGAAACGAAAUCAGUUGAUUCAUCUUGAAAAUCGUCUCAAAAGUACGCGAAAUGAACAUACGAAAAUAACGAGUCAAACACUUAAAAAGCUUGAACAAGAUCUCGAAACUCUCAACAGUGAACUUUCACUUAUACAGCCACGAAUAGAUGAAAUUGAACAAAGAAUGGCAGAACGAGUUGUACAAAUUGAAAAAUUACAACACAAACGAAAUGUUAUUACCGAUGAAGUAUUCCGCGAAUUUUGCCAGCGUAUAAACAUCAAAGAUAUUCGUCAGUAUGAACAGCGUGAAAUGCGUUUUCAUGAAGAAAUGCAAGACCAAUUGAAGAAAUUUGAUAAUGAACUGGAUCGCUUGCGGAAUGAAUUGGACUAUUUAAAAUCAGAGGAUAAGCGAUUAAAAGAAAAGCAAGAAGCGGAAAAAGUAAAACGCUUAGCGAAAGAAAUUGAAGGUUUAAAAAAGAAAGAAGAGGAGGAACAUAAGACGCUAAAGAAAUUGGAGGCGGAAUUGGAACAAAUGAAAAUGGCAAUUGUUUCAAAAAAAGCAUUGGUCGAAGAUAGUGAUGCUGAAAUAAGCGUACUUAAAAAAGCUGCGCAACAAGCUGCUCGUGAAGUAGCUGCAGCAGAGAAAACAGCUGCAACAUUGGAGCAAACCAUUUUGAGACGGCGUCAUCAGCGUCAUUCAUUGUUACAUCAAUGUAAAAUGAAUGGUAUCAAAUUGCCACUGCUUCGAGGAUCGCUUGCUGAUAUUGAAAUCGAUGAUACUAUCCCCUCAAGUACUACAGGUGGAAGUGUAAGUGUAAGUGAUUCACAGCAACUCUCACACGAACAGAUGGAUCGUGAAGCACAAAUACAGCUGGAUUAUCGAACACUCCCAAUUAAUCUGAGAGAGUACGAUAAUGAUGAGGAAGUGAAGAAAGCACUUGAUAAACUGAACAAAGAAGUUAGUGAUUCACAAGCAAAAAUUUCACGGAUCAGUGCACCGAAUUUGAAAGCGAAGGAAAGAAUGGAAAUAGUGAAAGAGAAGGAGGCCGAAACAACAGAAGAAUGCGAAUUGGCUAGAAAAAAAGCGCGGAAGAUUCGUCUGUUAUUUGAAAAAGUCAAAACUGAUCGUUACCAUCGAUUUCACGAAUGUUUCGAACCUGUUUCGCAGAAAAUUGAUGAUAUUUACAAGAAACUCAGUCGUAAUGAGAGUGCACAAGCGUUCCUUGGCGAAGAAAAUAUGGAAGAACCAUAUCUUGAAGGUAUUGCAUAUAACUGCGUAGCACCUGGUAAACGUUUUCGACCAAUGGAUAACUUGAGUGGUGGUGAAAAGACUGUUGCAGCGUUAGCGUUACUUUUCGCUAUUCAUGCUCGUAGUCCAUCACCGUUUUUCAUCUUGGAUGAAGUUGAUGCUGCAUUGGAUAAUACUAAUAUUGGCAAGGUCGCUAAUUUCAUCUGUGAGCGUGCUCGCGUUGACAUGCAGUUAAUUGUCAUAUCGUUAAAAGAGGAAUUUUAUAAUAAAGCUGAUGCCAUCAUCGGUAUUUACCCGCAUCCAUCCAGUUAUACCGUUUCCGGAAUGCUAACACUUGAUCUCACUCCGUACAAACAGCCGCAAUUUGAUUCGUAUGCUGAAUAAGUUGCCUCCUGCA